GUUUCACGGGCUCACAUGACCGCUCGCGCAGUUGCGCGUGGCGGCUACGACUGCUACGUUCCGAUGCGCCACAAAAAUCCAGUUCCAGCCAGACGCCAAUGCGGACACUCGCGUGGGCCGAUUGAAGCGCCCACAAGCGGCGAAUCUGGAAAUCUCUGGAAUCUGGCAACAACGCUUGCAGCAUUUUCGCGUUCUCUUUGCGAGGGUGUUCUCCAACGUUGCUGGCCACUGGAGGAUGUUUGUAUCGAGAGCCAGCCGCUACGCCUUCAGGAUUUCCCACAAUGUCUACUUCGACAACCAGUUGAACACGGGGAAGGACCGUGUCGUGUCAUCGUCGGCAUUCGCACUGUCGACUGUGGGCAUCCUGCUGUCUGCCUUCGGCCUCCGACAGAUGGGUCACAAGCAGAAAUGGAUCGAGCGCGGUUGAUGACACUGAAAUGACACUAGCCUAAAUGAUUUCUCCAACCCUUAGGCAAUGCCACCUUUGCCCAGCAUGUUGCUUCAACAGUGAAGCUCAGCAUGAAUUGCACCAUCAUCACAUUGACAGUCAAGGACUUCUUGUGCUUAGAAAGCUUGCUGUUUUAGCACCCAUUCUUGCAUCAAAUUUUACAACCACCUGUAUUUUUGACGAAUAAGAUCUGUUUGAACGUUACGAUGAUGAAUGUUAGAUUUAUGUUGAAUAAACCCUCAUCCCUCAAGUUA